AGCAAAAUCGAUUCUUUGCUUUAGCUUGUUCGCUUUCUCGGAGCUUAACGAAGGAGAAAAUCACAUAUACCUUUCAAAGUAAUCAAUCAGUAUCUUCUUUCCUUUUUCUUAUACAAUAUCAAAAGUGGUUAAUUGAAGGAAGGAAGAUGAUGAUGCUGAGAGUCCGAAGCAGAGAUGGAUUGGAGCGAGUGAGCGUGGAUGGAUCUGACACGACAGUCUCCCAACUCAAAACCCUGAUCCAAGAUCAGCUCCAGAUCCCAAUCCAGAACCAGACCUUAUCCACCGAUCGCAACCUCCUCCUCGCCAAGUCUCCCGAAGAGUCCCUCGCCUUCACCGACAUGACCGACCCCAACCUCCCUAUCUCCUCUCUCAGUCUCUCCCACGGAUCUAUCCUCUACCUCGCCUACGAAGGCGAGCGCACCAUCCGCGGCGGCCCCGCCGUUACUCCCGCCGGCUCCUUCGGGCGGAAGAUGACCGUCGACGACCUAAUCGCGCGCCAGAUGCGCGUCUCCCGCCAGGAGAAGUCCCACUGCGACUCCGUCUCCUUCGAUCGCGACUGCGCGAACGCGUUUCAGCACUACGUCAACGAGUCGCUCGCCUUCGCGGUCAAGCGCGGCGGGUUCAUGUACGGGAGCGUCUCGGAGGGGGGCGAGGUCGAGGUGAAUUUCGUCUACGAGCCGCCGCAGCAAGGGAUGGAGGACAAUCUGAUCCUCAUGAGGGACGCGGAGGAGGAGAAGCGUGUGGAUGCGAUCGCUCUAGGGUUGGGGAUGAGGAGAGUCGGGUUUAUAUUCAGCCAGACCGUUACGCAGGACAAGAAGGAGUACACUCUGUCCAACGUGGAGGUGUUGCUUGCCGCGCAGCUUCACGCGGAGAGCGAGUUGAAGGAGUGGGUCACGGCGGUUGUGAAGCUUGAGAUUAACGAAGAUGGUGGUGCCGAUGUUCAUUUUGAGGCGUUUCAGAUGAGUGACAUGUGUGUGAGGCUGUUCAGGGAAGGGUGGUUUGUGACGGAGAUUGGGCCUGAGGAUGAUCCCAAGCUCUCUAAGUUGAAGAAAGAGGUGGUUGUUGGUGUCAAGGAUCUUAAACAAGUUGAUAAUGAUUUCUUCCUUGUUGUCGUCAAGAUCUUGGAUCAUCAGGGACCGUUGACGUGUACCUUCCCGAUAGAGAACCGGAACGUUGAGACAACAAUGCGGGCUUUGAAAACCCAUAUGGAUCGUGCAAGGAGCCUCCCGUUCGUGAAGAGGAUCUCUGAUUUUCAUCUGCUUCUCUUUGUGGCUCGGUUCCUAGACGUUGGUUCAGAUGUUCCUGCAUUAGCUGAGUGCGUGCGUCUUCAGUCUAAUGUCCCCGAGGGCUAUGAGUUGCUCAUCGACUCGAUGGCCAAUACUUGUUAAAACAUUUCGUAAUAGAUGUCCGUUUUUAUAUUUCUCUUCCUUCAGGGUUUUUAUUUAACGUCCUUCCUUCAGGGUUUGUGUUAUGUACAACGUUUAGUUUCUCUCUCUUUUAAUAAUCAAAAUCGUGUUUGAUUCAGAU